UAGCUGCCGACGCUAUUAUGUGCUCGAUCGUGGCCUCGCGCUUCCACUUUACACGACGCGUCGCCCACCUUCCUCCGCCAUCCAAGCCUCUUUCUUGAGCCUCGCUCCACCACAACCGCCCCCAAGCCGCCCGACGGGCACUCUGUGGUACGACUGCAGAGAGGCGGCGCGUGGACGUGUCUUGAGACGACAAAUCACAGCCUACCUACUCCGACGCCUGAGAACGGCGUAACGAGCCCCUACCGCUCGCUCUCUGUCGCCGACGAUUCGACGCCGACGACUUGCGCCGCCCCCCCAGUCCUGGCUGCCCAGAACGGAUGCCUACAGCACAGCCGCCGGCAGAGCACGAGCGAUGGCGACAGCCAUGGCUGAGGGCCAGACCCUAGCCGAGCUGGAGGAGGAGCUGACCAUCCAAAACGUCAUACUUCAGUCCCUCGAGGACCAGACCUUUGAUGGCGUCGAGGGGGAGAGGAGAGAGGCGGUGAAAGAGAUUGAACGCCUCAAGGCAGUCAUUGCCCUGCAGAGACUGUCUCAGGCAUCAUCACAACGCAGUAACGUUUCUGAAUCGCAGCAGGCCGACCGCGCACUACCUGAACGAGGCAGCGGCUCUCCGCCAGCCUUGCCAUAUGCAACAGCACACGAAGCGCAUCCAAGUUCACCAUUCGGAGAUCGCCUUUCCCAUCUCGCAAGCGUGACGACACCUCGGAGGCAAACCAUGGAUAGAGAUAUAUGGAGCAGUCCAGCCUCGCGAUCCUUACCAAGCCGCAAGCGGGAGCUACAGGCGACCAACUUUUCUGCGCGUGGCGGUUCCCCAAAGUCUCGACGGACGACGCCGACUCCGGCGGGAAGCUCACGUCCCAUGGCUUCGUCACAGAGCGUCGAAAUAGUCGACCUGACAGGGUCCGACGUCGAGGAUGAUGCAACAUACAUUGCGGAGCAAAUCAAAGCCGAGAAUAGGGUCAAGCAGGAGUUGCGUGACAGGCAGCUCGCCCAACAACUGUCCCAGGAAUCAUCAGCUGGUCCUUCGCGACCAACUUCGGACCCAAGAAGCGAGGAUGCGCUGUCGAGGUUGAUGGCCACCCAGCGGGCAAACUCACGAGGAUUAUCUGGGCCAUCAGAUUCGAUGGCGGGGAUUAGCAGCUCUGGGUAUAGACAAUCACUCGGAGAGAAUCCCGCUAUGAAUAUACCCGGGGCAUACCAUCCCAGCUGGGACCGACCGCUCGGCCUUGCUGGCUCACCAUCGCCUACUCUUGGCCGACCAUAUGCCACGGCUCCGUCGACUCCACGGGUGCACACGGCGAACCCAAUAACGGGGAGCUUUAGUGCAGGCUAUCCGCCGGGCGCGACGACCCCGUCAGGCUGUCAUGGGCAACCCGCCGUGGGUACUCCGGCCCUGACGUACGGGGUUGGGCCACAGGCGACGCCCAUGUUCCCAAAUGUGGCUAUUGGAGACCCCGGCCUUAGAAGGGUACCGAGCCUGCCACCAUUUGGGGAUACAAGGCUGAUGGAUAUUAUUAAUCGUACGAGUCACUUCGACUACUCAAUGUACGCGGACGAGAAUGGUCAAGCGUUUCCCGACAGACUCUCCAACUUUCUGUCAGAGGCGUAUCACGACCCACGAGUUACCGAAAAGGAGCUGGACGAUCUUCUUCAGAAUAUUCGACCAGAUAUGGAGAUUCCUGAGCGCAAUCGGGACAGAACCCCGGCAGGGCUCAGGGGAGCACUCUAUCUUCAUCAAGAGCUUGCUCUCUCGUGGAUGAAGAAGAUGGAGGAUGGUUCCAAUAAGGGUGGUAUUCUUGCCGACGACAUGGGUCUUGGGAAGACGAUCUCAACGUUGGCUCUCAUGUUGGAGCGACCGCAAAAGAAGAAGCCCAAGACGAAUCUCAUCAUCGGCCCAUUGUCGCUCAUUCGCCAGUGGGAAGAUGAGUUGAAGGCGAAGACAAAGCUCGCGUACCGCAUGUCUGUCUUCGUCUACCAUAACGCCAAGGGCGUUAGUUCUGAGGACUUGCAGCGGUACGACGUUGUGUUGACCACCUACGGGACUAUCGCUGCCGAGUGGAAGCGUCUCCAGAAAUUCAUGGAAGAGAAUCGAGAUAGGACCAUCGACCUCAACGACCGCGCCAGCUCAGCCAAGUUUCCGUUGCUGCAUCCCGAGAGAGCAGAGUUCUACAGAGUCAUCCUCGAUGAGGCGCAGCACAUCAAGAACGAGAAAACAAAGACUGCGAAAGCGUGCCACAGCAUCAAGGCGACGUAUAGGUGGUGCCUCACAGGCACGCCGAUGAUGAACGGUGUCAUCGAGUUGUAUUCGUUGGUGAAGUUCCUCAAGAUCAAGCCCUACUGCGUAUGGGAGCAGUUUCGAGAGUCCUUCGGAACGCUUUGGGGGAAACAAGGUGUUUCAAAAUCCGUUGCAAUGAAGCGGCUGCGGGCUCUGCUCAGAGCCAUCAUGUUGCGACGCAAGAAAGACUCGGAGCUGGAGGGGAAACCAAUUCUGAACUUACCCGCCAAGUCAGAGCAAGUCGUGCACGCUGAGCUUUGCGAAGAUGAACGGCACUUCUACAAGCAGCUGGAGGAGAAGUCGCAAGUGCAAUUCAGCAAAUAUCUCCGUGAGGGGUCUAUUGGCAAGAACUACUCCAACAUUCUUGUGCUUCUACUGCGCAUGCGCCAAGCUUGCUGCCACCCGCACCUGAAUUUAGAUGUCGACGACGCGGUCCCACUCAGCGUUGGCGCCGAGGAAAUGCUGGACCUCGUCAGGCAUCUCGAGAAGCCGGUCGUCGAAAGAAUCAAGGCCAUGGAGGCGUUUGAAUGUCCAAUUUGCUUCGACGCUGUACAAUCUCCUUCUUUCUUCGUUCCAUGCGGCCACGACAGCUGUCAAGAUUGUCUCACUCGACUGGUGGACAACGCCGCGACCAUGACCGUUCAGUCGGGUGAGGACUCGAACACGGCCAAGUGCCCGGUCUGCCGUGGCUCAUUUGAUCCAAAGAAAUGCUUUUCCUACGACGCAUUCCGAACUGUGCAUAUGCCAGAAACGAUCGUCAAGCCUGAUGAGGCAGACGCCGAAGACUCUGACAGCGACGAUGAGGAAUCAGACUCGGAUGACGACCACGACGCUGAUGAUGUUGAUGGCAACGGCAACCUCAAGGACUUCAUUGUCGAUGAUGACUUUGACGACACGGACUAUUUGAAAACCAGUGGAGCCGGCAGCGGCGAUGCAGAUGCCUCUGAGAAGCAGAAGAGGAAGAAGAAGAAAGGAAAGAAGAAGGAGGAGGAGGUGAAGCCGUCGAUGCUGAAGAGUCUUCGUGUCGAGGCUGGGAAGAACCGGGCCGCCUACAAGAAGUACAUGCGAUACUUGCACAAGACUUGGAUGCCAUCUGCUAAAGUCACUGCAUGCAUGGAGCUGCUCAAGAGAAUCCAGGCCAGCAAGGAAAAAGCCAUUGUCUUUUCCCAGUGGACGCUGCUUCUGGACCUGCUGGAGGUAGCCAUGUCACACGACAAGUUGGGGCUGAAGCCCCUGCGAUACGACGGCAGCAUGUCCGCCGACCAGCGCGCACAGGCGGCACGGGAUUUUCGGAGGAAGCCAGAGGCGAUGGUCAUGCUCGUGUCUCUCCGCGCGGGCAACGCGGGCCUUAACUUGACGUCGGCCAACAACGUCAUCAUCAUGGAUCCGUUCUGGAACCCGUACAUUGAGAUGCAAGCCGUCGAUCGCGCGCACCGCAUCGGGCAGACCAAGGACGUCAAGGUGCAUCGCAUCCUCACCCAGGAGACGGUCGAGGACCGCAUCAUGGAGCUCCAGGAGCGCAAGAAGGAGAUUGUCGAGGCGGCGCUCGACGAGACGGAGAGCAUGAAGAUUGGCCGUCUCAACGUGAGCGAGCUCAAGUUUCUCUUUCACGGAAGAGAGUAGUAGGGCUCGCCAUGGAGACGUCCGCCGCGGGACGGUCGUUUGUCCUUGCUACCUUCUCUUUACUUUGGUCGUGUGUGCAUUUUCUCACUCAGGGCUGGUGGUGGAUGGGCGUGGCGUCGGCGCGAAGGAGGUUUGUUGCUAUGGGUGGCAUGAUUGGUCUCGUUUGCACGCGACUCGGGGAUAGACGGAUGGCAUGUGGCGACGUGAUUUUGAGGUGCCUCGCACGACAUUUUGCCCGGAAGCCUAUCAAUGAGACUAGGGAACAGGCAGUUGUAGGGUCUUCCGGGACGGGAGGGUAUAUACUGAGCUCAUGAUGAUGACCGCU